AUGGCUCAAAACUUUGACGAGGCUGCCCAGCGUGAGCUUUCCAAGUUCCUCGAGGCCGAGCAAGCCAAGGCUCGCCUUCAGCAAUCCAUUCACACUUUCUGUGAUCUGGCCUUUGACAAGUGUGUCACAAAGAUUGGUAACAAGCUUGAUCGUUCAGAGGAAGCCUGCCUCGCCAACACUGUCGAUCGUUUCCUUGAUACCAGCUUGUUCAUUGUGAGACGCCUUGAGGAGACCAAGGGAUCCAUGUAA